AGAGCGCACAGCCUGCUGGGUGGGAGCGCAGUCGCAGGUUAUCCAUCGCCUUGUGCAAGUUGUGUACCGUCACUCCGCUGCCUCUGGGAUCUUCCUUUAUAUAGACGUGAGACUUAACAAACCCAUCUCAUUCAGCUGCGGGUGCAGAUUGUUUUCCUUUUUAUUCUUUUGUGCCCUCUCUCCACUCUGCACCCCCUUGAUUGGGCUUUAUUCAUCCUGCGUGUUUGUAAAGGCGAUUGUUAGUGCGCAUCAUUGCGGGAGCCAAAAGGUUUGCCACUGUUCCAUAGGAGAUUGCGGGCUGCCCGAGCGUCAUGACAGCUGAGAAGAGCGGGCCUGUUAUAAACGGUAAACCAGAGGAUGGCAGAGACCCGGACGGGUCCAGUUCCAGCCUCGACAAUGACGAGUACAACGAGAGGGGCAUGUGGAACAACAAGAUCGAGUUCAUCCUGUCUGUGGCUGGAGAGAUCAUUGGGUUGGGCAAUGUUUGGAGGUUCCCUUACCUCUGCUACAAGAACGGAGGAGGUGCCUUCUUUGUGCCAUACGUCAUCUUCUUCGUGUGCUGCGGUAUUCCUGUAUUUUUCCUGGAGACGGCCUUGGGUCAGUUCACAAGCGAAGGUGGCAUCACAUGCUGGAGGAAAGUUUGCCCGUUGUUUGAGGGUAUCGGCUAUGCAACACAGGUGAUUGAAGCCCAUCUCAAUGUGUACUACAUAGUAAUCCUAGCCUGGGCCAUUUUCUACCUCUUUAACUGUUUCACGACAGAGCUGCCGUGGGCUGCCUGUGGCCAUUACUGGAACACAGAAAACUGUGUUGAUUACUAUGGGGAAAACGCCACCAACAUCACCAACCCCAAUGCAACGUCUCCAGUCAUUGAGUUUUGGGAACGGAGAGUCCUGAAGAUAUCAGAUGGUAUUGAGCACAUGGGAGAGAUGCGCUGGGAGCUGGCCAUGUGUCUGGCUCUGGCCUGGUUCAUCUGCUACUUCUGCAUCUGGAAGGGACCCAAGUCAACUGGCAAGGUUGUGUAUGUAACAGCUACGUUUCCGUAUGUCAUGCUGCUGAUCCUCCUGAUCAGGGGAGUCACACUGCCUGGAGCUUUUGAUGGCAUCAAGUUCUACCUCUACCCGGACAUUUCACGUCUCUCUGACCCUCAGGUGUGGGUGGACGCAGGAACCCAAAUUUUCUUCUCCUAUGCCAUCUGCCUGGGCUGUCUCACUGCUCUUGGAAGUUACAAUUCCUACAACAACAACUGCUACAGGGAUUGCAUCAUGCUGUGUUGUCUGAACAGCGGUACCAGCUUCGUGGCAGGUUUCGCCAUCUUCUCUGUCUUGGGUUUCAUGGCCUAUGAACAAAAUGUUCCCAUCGAGGCUGUGGCUGAAUCUGGUCCUGGUCUUGCUUUCAUUGCAUACCCCAAAGCUGUGACUAUGAUGCCUCUGUCUCCACUUUGGGCUUGUCUCUUCUUCAUGAUGCUGAUCUUCCUUGGCUUGGAUAGUCAGUUUGUGUGUGUGGAGAGUUUAGUGACAGCCGUUGUGGACAUGUACCCAGAGACCUUCAGAAAGGGUUACCGCAGAGAGCUGCUGAUUCUCUGCAUGUCCAUAGUCUCUUUCCUCAUAGGACUCAUCAUGUGCAUGGAGGGAGGAAUGUACGUCUUCCAGCUGUUUGAUGCAUAUGCAGCCAGCGGGAUGUGUUUGCUGUUUGUGGCCAUAUUCGAGUCCAUAUGCAUCGGCUGGGUGUAUGGAGGCGACAGAUUCUACCUAAAUAUUGAGGACAUGAUUGGAUACAAACCUUUCGUCUUGAUCAAAUGGUGCUGGAUGAUCCUGACCCCGGGCAUCUGUGCUGGAAUUUUCCUGUUCUUCCUGAUUAAAUACAAGCCUUUGAAGUACAACAACGUGUACAUCUAUCCUGACUGGGGCUACGGUAUCGGCUGGUUCAUGGCUAUGUCCUCCAUGGUGUGUAUCCCACUGGGCAUUAUCUGGAUGAUCUGGAAAACUCCUGGGACCUUUUCUGAGAGAAUGAAGAAGCUGACCACUCCCAGCCCUGACCUAAAAAUGAGAGGCAAACUCGCUGCCCUCAGUCCUUACGCUGUCAAUGAUGCCAAACUUAAAACAGAUGGCAAAAUAUCCACCAUCUCAGAGAAGGAGACGCAUUUCUAAUUGACCCAAGCUGCCAGCUGUCUUAAAGGACCAGUCAAACAAAAAUGAAAACCGUCGCAGCAUUACAGGCCACCACACAAGACAAAAAAAUGGAAACAAACGACUCAGAGUGCUGUUUUUGUUUUGUAAAGAAACGAGUCUAAGAAAUGUUGAUGCUCAUAUGUAGUCUGCUUCUGUUUUGCACUGCUUUUAAAUAACACAAUUAUUGUCUUAACUUUCAAGCUUAAGCAGCUGUUUCCUCAUUUUUAGCCAUUAACGUUUAAAGACGUGUUGAUUUUGUGUGCUAAAUGGUGAAAUCCUGUCCUGGUAACUGUCAGUAAUGGUCUCACUUAUGUCUGUGCCUUUAGGACGAUAGCAGCGUGUUCUAUAAGGCUUGCUCUCUACAAUCACUUGCAAAUUGCUGAGAUCCUAUUAGGUAAAAGGUACCCAAAUGAGACUGAGAUGUAGCAGCUGGAGGGGCCGUUCUGAAUGCAUAUUCAUGCUCAAGCUACAUGAGGGGGGGCUCCAUACCCCUGCAAGUAAUAAUUUACCAUUGAAAUAUAAGAUCUAAGACUGUGAGGACGUUUUUUU